GCGGCAGGCGGGGCGGGAGCGGGCGGGACCGCCUCAAGAUGGCGGAGUACGUGCAGCUGGUGAAGCGGGCGCUGAAGCACCUCGGCGGUCACGGCGGCGUCCGCGGCGCCCUGUGGCAGCUGCUGAGGGUCAAUGAUUUGAAGACUGGUACCCUGAUAGGAACUGACAAAUAUGGAAACAAAUACUAUGAAGACAAAAGAAACUUCUUUGGUCGACACAGAUGGGUCAUCUAUACUGAUGAAAUGAAUGGCAAAAAUACCUUUUGGGAAGUUGAUGGAAGUAUGGUGCCCCCCGAAUGGCAUCGCUGGCUUCACUCAAUGACGGAUGACCCUCCAACUACUCAUCCACCAGUUGCUCGUAAAUUUAUCUGGGAGAACCAUAAAUUCAAUCUAAGUGGCACUCCUGGACAGUAUGUACCUUACUCUACUACUCGCAAGAAGAUUCAAGAGUGGAUCCCACCUACAACAGCUAGCAAAUAACAGCAACAAAAAAUGUGACUUGCCUCUGCUUUGGCUUUCAGUAUAAAUUGUAUUUUCACUGGUUUUGUUCAAAAUAAAAGCCUCCUAUAACA